AUGCCUACUGCAUGGCUGUACUUUCUGGCCUCUCUUACCUACGGCAUUCCUUCCGUCUUACUGUACAUCAUCACCAUGUACAUCAUUGUCAAACAUCGGAAAACAUUCGACUCUUCAUUUUUCAACCUAUACAUCUAUGAUGGUGUCAUUAACAUCUUCACAUAUCUCAACACGUUCUGGCUGUCCCGUUUGAGCAGUAUCACUUGCGGUGAUUGUCUUUUUGCUCCAUUCUACAGUGCUAUCGGUUAGUUUUUUCAAAGAUUAUACUUAAAACAUCUAUAAAACACAGGCAACUUCUCCGGAUUGAACUUCUUCAUAGCAAUGGGAAUUCACAUGGCCUAUGUACAGUACGCCCUGACCACACUAAUCUCACUGAACAGAUUCUCGGUUUUGGUGAAUUUCCACAUUGAAUUUGUAAGUGCUCUGAUUUCAUAGUCACAGUAAUAUUAGACAUUUCUAGCUCUGGAAAAAGUACUCGUGGAUUCUGAUCGUUCUAAUCUAUGCGCUACCUUUUCUGAGCACUCACAUAGUGUUCGAGUACAAAGUUGAGAUAAAAUACUUCAAUACUACAGACAACUUCCGCACAUAUUAUCCUGCCUUGCUAGCCGGUGUAAGUGCCUUGAAAAGUGAACCAUGAGCAGAAGUAUCGAUUGAAGCCUCUCGGGAGCAUGUACUCUGUUCUCAUCCCCUUCAUGCUCAUCUCCAUAAUCACUUCGAUCGUAACCAACAUCACAAGCACUUGUAUCAUUCGUCAGUCUAGCGUGCAGAUCAAGAGAAAAGCAGAGCUGAACUUCCUGAUAAUCAUGUCGAUCACGUGUGCCGUCCAACUUUUCGGCACCAUUCUCAGCUGCUUCAACUUCUACUAUGCCAACACCUCACUCGCCGCCACAUUCCUAUCAAUCGCUCCGUUCGUUAGCGAUGGACUUUCACUCGUUCAGCCCUGGUUGCUCAUCUGUUUAAGCAGCUCUGUAGGUUCCUUUAAAACAGACUUGCAACGGGCCGGGCCGGGCCGGGCCGGGCCAAAAUUGGAAAUUUUCCGGCCCGGCCCGGUCGGCCCGGGGGAUGCACCUAAAAAUUCAAAGCGAACUAGAACUUCGAAACGAACAUAAUUUUAUAGACUUAAAAUUGGCAAUGUUAUAAAAAGGCAAUGUUAUAGCAUAAAAACCUGUUAAAAAAUAGAAAUUGCUGUUUAAAGUCGCAAAAAAAAAGGCAAAAUUUUCACAAAAAUUACGAAAAUUUUCUCAAGAGUGGGGGGAGCGAUUGAUUGCAACUCUGGCACGCCAUUUUAGCAAUUUUGCCGCACGCGUUUUCCUCUUCCUUCAUAUUUUUUUUGCAUAUUUUUUUUUGAGGUCUAACUUCCGGGCCGACGAUUUGCUGGCCCGGGAUUUGGCAAGUCUGCUUUAAAAUACUUAAUCUACCUUUUUUCUGGUUUCAGGUGAGAGAACGGGUGAAAAUGAUGUUGUGCAGGAGACAGAAGAAGGUCGACAGCCAAGUGUUUGUGAUGAAAUCAACGACUGCUACUUGACUAAUAAAGCAUUGUUACAAAUAAUAAAGUGAUAAUCGCUUUGUGUUUUCCUUCCUUUUUUUCAGCCGUUCUUCGAUAAACCAUUAAUCACAUUAAUGAAAGCCACAAAGCCAUAGCCCGUGUUGUCCAACUCUGAAGUUCAUCCAAGCGGACAAUAAUCUCUGUGUGUUUACACUUCAUUCCAGUCGGAUGAGAUGCCUACUGCAUGGCUGUACUUUCUGGCCUCUCUUACCUACGGCAUUCCUUCCGUCUUCCUGUACAUCAUCACCAUGUACAUCAUUGUCAAACAUCGGAAGACGUUCAAGUCUUCAUUUUUCAAUCUAUACAUCUAUGACGGUGUCAUUAACAUCUUUACGUAUCUCAACACCUUCUGGCUGUCCCGUUUGAGCAGUAUCACUUGCGGUGAUUGUCUUUUUGCUCCAUUCUACCGAGCCGUUGGUCAGUGUAGCGUUUUCAAGAGUAGUAGGUGUUUGAUAAUCUUUUCUAGGCAACUCCUCCGGUCUGAACUUCUUCAUAGCAAUGGGAAUUCACAUGGCCUAUGUACAGUACGCAGUUACCACUCUCUUCUCACUGAACAGAUUCUCAGCCGCCAAUUCAUACUUCAUACACGGAAUUGAACGGGUAAGUGGAUUGAGAAUGCUUCGUAAUCAACAUGAUUUUAGUUUUGGAAAAAGUAUUCGUGGAUUUUGAUACUUCUAAUCUACGUUUUACCCUUUAUGAGCACGCACAUAGUGUUCCUUUACAAUGUUGAGAUAAAAUACUUCGAUGAUACCGACAACUUCCGAACAUAUUAUCCUGCUUUGGUAAGAGCACGUCUUGAGAAAAGCACGAGAACGUUCUAUUUGAGCCUCUGCGGGCCAUGUACUCUCUGCUUAUUCCGUUCAUGAUCAUCUCCAUAAUGAUAUCCGUCGCCACCAAUAUCACAAGUUAUUGGAUAAUUCAUCGAACUACGAGCCGAGUUAAAAACAUAAUGGAACUAAACUUACUGAUAAUCAUGUCGAUCACGUGUGCCGUCCAACUUUUCGGCACCAUUCUCAGCUGCUUCAACUACUACUAUGCGAACACUUCACUCGCCGCCACGUUCCUACUAAUCGCUCCGUUCGUCAGCGACGGACUUUCACUCGUUCAGCCCUGGUUGCUCAUCUGUCUUAACGGCGCUGUAGGUCUUUCGCUAAUGCGUACACACCACUGCGCACUACUGUGAAUUUGAAGUUUCUAAAAAAAGUAAAUGAGUGCACGUCAAGCGCGGCGGAGCGUGAUUAUUGUCUUGUGAUGCGCUAACAGGAAACGUACUUACAGAUAAGAGAAACGAUGAGAAUGAUGUUGUGCUGGAAACUGACCAAGGUCGACAGUCAAGCAAGCUUUCGAGUGAAGCCAGUGUCUAGUUCAUAA